AUGGUUGGUAACCAAGAGAAAGAAGUUGAACGAGACCUCGUUCCAUGUAGCGUCCUGGUGGUUGGUUCAUCAAACACCGACUAUGUGUUAUCGGGACUGAAUCGGCUUCCUCAGCUCGGAGAAACGGUGCUUGUACAAGGAGCUAACGUAAGUUUCCGAACCGCGGCCGGAGGAAAGUCGGCGAACGCCGCUGUCGCUGCGAGCCGGUUCUUUGCAGGUGAAGCUCAGGGCUCCGUCAGCCUCAUCACCAGUGUAGGCGAGGACGAGAACGGUCGCAACGCCCUGCAGAACUAUGAGCGCGAAGGCAUCUUUGCGGCUCUGAGUAAGCGCUCUCCUAGUGAGGCUUCCGGAAUAGCGCUCAUUCUCUUAUUGAGCUCCGGCGAGAACGCUAUUCUCGUGGCUCCUGGGGCGAACGCGAACCUUCGACCGAUGGACUUUGAAGCCACAGCAGUGGACGGGCACGGAGAGGCACGCCUCGCAGAACUACGCGCUGCUUCAGUCGUCUUGAUGCAGUUGGAAAUACCCUAUGAAACCGUUCGAUGGGUGGCGGAUGCGUUGUAUGCACCACCGCUUCCCCGACAAGGGCCAGUGCUGAUCGUGAACCUGGCGCCGAUGGGAUGCGAGUUAACAGAGCCAAUGCUCCAGGAGCUCUUCUUCUAUGGCCCUAUUAUCGUUGUGAAUGAAGUAGAAUGUGGCCAGUUGCUGCGUAUCCUUUGGGCAAACAGUACGGAGGUACUGGAAGAAACGCUGGAAACUGCAGCGCACGACGACUGGCGAACGUGCCUGACGGGCUUGAUGGAGCGCGCACCCGCGUUGGCUGCCAUAAUCCUCACUCGGGGUGCUGCCGGCGCCUGUGCAGUGCACCGUUUCGGGACGGCGUCUGGAACUGGGUCGACACUUCAGUGGAUUCAGGUGGCGGCAGUACUAAGCGUUGGUUCUGCAUCAGUCGUCGAUACCACUGGGGCAGGUGAUUGUUUCUGUGGAUAUUUGGCAGCAGCGCUGGCGCAAAUCCUCUACAGACGCUCAGCUCAUGCCUCGCGCCAUGCAGAGUCGGCAACUGCUUCGCGGAACUUGAGUUUAGAUGAUGCUGAUUUUUCGAGAGCGCUGCGCUACGCAACAGCAGCAGCGACGCUAUCUGUGACUCGAAAAGGCGCACAGGAGAGCUACCCCAUGCGACAAGAGGUAGAGCGAUUUCUGCGGCUCUGGAAAGACUGA